AUGGUGCUGCAAGCAAUCAAAUAUACGAGAGGUCAACUUGAAAUCCUCGACCAGCUGAAGCUGCCGCACGCAGAAGAAUAUGACCACAUCUACUCCAGCACCGACGCAUGGCAUGCCAUCAAGGAGAUGCGCACUCGUGGUGCGCCGGCAAUCGCCAUUGUAGCCGCCUUAUCCCUCGCAGUAGAGCUCACCAACAUGAAAUUAUCCUCGAUCGCAGAAGAAGUCCAAGUCUUCAUCACGGAAAAGCUGGAAUACCUGGUCACGAGUCGCCCAACUGCAGUCAACCUGGCAGAUGCGGCAGGCAAGCUGAAAAAGAUUACCGAUGAAGCUGCGGCAAGAGAAGGAACAAGCGGAGAAUCAGUCAGAGAGGCAUAUGUGCAGGCAGCCGAGCAGAUGUUGAUCGACGAUGUGAGCGACAACAAGAACAUCGGCAAGCACGGUGCAGAGUGGAUUGUGAAGAACUCCGAGGCAGGGAAGAAGGGUCCAGUGAGAUAUGGCACAGCACUAGGUGUGAUCCGGUCACUACAUGCUAGUGGAAACUUAAAGCACGCCUUCUGCUCAGAGACGCGACCAUACAACCAAGGAUCAAGAUUGACAGCUUUCGAGCUUGUCCAUGACAAGAUUCCAGCCACUCUGAUCACUGACUCCAUGGCUGCGGCGCUGCUUCGACUACGACGCGGAAGCGAAAACAUUGCUGGAAUUGUUGUUGGUGCAGACCGUGUCGCUGCGAACGGAGACACUGCUAACAAGAUCGGAACCUACUCACUGGCUAUUCUUGCAAAGCAUCAUGGUGUCAAGUUUCUAGUUGCUGCACCCAGGACUACUAUUGACUUGAAGACCAAGUCUGGCGCAGACAUUGUCAUCGAGGAGCGACCUGGCAAAGAAGUGACACUUGUCAAGGGACCACGACAUGAUGGAGUUACUCUGGAUCUCGGAGUUGUGGAGACCAUCAGUAUCGCGGCCAACGGUAUCAAUGUGUGGAACCCGGCCUUCGACGUCACUCCUGCUGAGCUGAUUGACGGUAUCAUCACGGAAUUGGGAGUAGUGGAAAAGGACAGCAAUGGCGUGUUCCAUCUGGAAGAGGUGUUUAAGAAGGACGGCUCCGGUAUAAAGCCAUCGACUAUCGGUGGAUUGUGA